AUGCCAAGAAAAAAGUCUGCCGCUAAAAGAGCUAGAGAACAAGCAAAAAAAGAAGCGGCCGUACCUGCAACGGAUACUGCUACCAUAAAAACUUCUGAAACCUCUGCGACGACAGUUAAGCCUGCAAUCGAAGCAAGCAAAUCGUACGUUCCUAGUGAAGAUGAGGAAGAAGACGAAGAGGAAGAAGAGGAGGAAGAUGAUUACGGUGAAUUGAUUACUGAUGAAGUGGAAAACGGUAUUAAUCAAGUGCUAGAUGCCAUCAAAAACAAUAAGACGGACAAACUACUAGAUCCUAAAGUCAAAUUCUUCGAGGAUCCCGAAUCUGCUGCUGCCAAACUGGCCAAUCGUGAGGGGAAGCAUAAACCUAUUUACCUAAAAGAUUAUCACCGUAUGAACAUACUUUCUGGUGAUGCCUUAAAGGAGGAUGACGAAGAAUACGAACAUGCAACUGUUGACGGAAAGCAAUCUUUCGUCUCGCAACAACGUGAAGAGAAAACUCAGCUUUUAAAUGAAAUCAAGAGUGCCUUUAGCGAUGAAGAAAAUGAAGAGUCUAGCGGAGAUGAAGACGAUGGGUUUUUGAAGAAAAAGGAACCUUCUACGAAGAAGGAAGGAAAAAAUUUACCGGAUCCAACCGUAAAUGAAGAAAAUUUCUUGGAAGAAUUUGUGAAUCAACAGGCCUGGAUUCCUAAGAAGGGGGACAAGGUGAUUUCUCUUGACCUCAACAAUAAUGAAGAGGACGAUGAAGAAUUUGAAGAUGCUGCAGAAAAAUUUGAGAAUGCCUACAAUUUUAGGUACGAGGACCCAAACGCAGCUGAAAUUAUAUCUUAUGCACGUAGUCAAGCUACACUAAGAAGAUCCGAUGACUCUUCACGCAGAAGAAAAAGAGAGGAAAAAAGAAAAAUUAAAGAGCAAAUAAAAGCAGAGAAGGAGACAGCUCUUCAGAAAAAGAAGACUAAAAAAUUGAAUAAAUUGACUGACAUUUUAGAGCAACUAACAAAGGAAUAUGGUGCUGAAAUUAAUGCCGACAUGGUGAAAAAAAUCACUGACACCCUAUUGAAGAACGAUUUCAAAGAAGAAGAGUGGGAUAACGUGGUAGCUGAAUUAUUUAAUGAAGAAUUUUAUCAACAAGAGGGAAAGCCUACCUGGAACGAGGAUGACGAAAUAAUGGGUGACUUUUAUGCAGACGCCGAUGGUGAUGACCAAACAGAAGAAGGUGAAGUGGAAAAAGAACAAAAAGAAGAAGACGAGGAAGAAGGUCCAAAAAGAAAGAAGAGCAAGAAAGAAGAGAAACUGCAAAAGAAGAAAGAAAAGAGAAAGGUAAAUGAAUUAGUGGAAAAUGCUUUGGAACAAAACAAACUAGCACUAAUAGAGGAGGUUGAAAAAGAAGAAGAAGAAAGAAAGAGUAGAAGCCGUACAAAAGAGGAGCAAGAUUUGAAGUUUCGUUACCGUGAAGUUUCUCCUGAGAGUUUCGGUUUGACCGCAAGAGAGAUUUUCGCCGCCGAUGAUACUGAUUUAAAUGAAUUUAUUGGUUUGAAGAAAUUUGCACCUUAUCGUUCCAAGGAACUAAGAGCGAAGGAUAAAAGGAAAGUGAUGAAGGCAAGAAGAUUAAGAGAGUGGAGGAAGAAAACUUUUAAGAACGAAAAUGGGUUAGCUCCAGUCGAAGCAGAGGCAGGGGAGAAGGAUGAGGACACCAUACUGAUACCUGUAGAGAAAGCCUCUAAAAGCAAACACAAGAGGGGGCACAGUCAUAAACAUAAAGGCCACCAGAAAAAGUAA